GUGAGGAUUGUAUGGUGUGGUUUAACCGAGUUUUGAGAGCCGUUACUUACUCUGCUGCGUACGACUAACGCCUUGAACUUAACUCCCUCCCCGUAGAUGAGUUGAAGGUGCCGAAAUGAGCACGCAAAGAGCCAGUGAAAAACGCAGAUGCUCAUAUUUGUUAUGACGGAGAUUGUAUUUUAUCUAGACUUCUACAGUAGCCACACCAGCCUUAUCAUGAACUGACGAAGUCUUGGCCUUCACACCACUUGUUGCGAAGCAGUUUGAUCGGUUAUCACAGAAUCGUAAUGAUGUUUACAGUUUGCCAAUGACCAAAACACAAAGAGUUCACCAGAUCAAUGCAGACAACAGACACACCAACACCAUCUAAUAAGCCCCGUGAGAAGGGGAAAGGAAUGGACGAGAGACUUAUAUCUUCACCUGUAAUACAGGCCUUCCUGGCAGGAGCCACUGGGGGCUCAGUGUCUGCAAUAAUACUACAGCCUCUUGACCUUGUAAAAACUCGUUUACAGUCAUCAAUAUAUGUUGGGUCAAACACAGGAGUGAUGAAAGUUGUCAUCAGUGUUGUCCAAAAAGAGCGAAUAGCGGGACUGUGGACAGGAGCAUGGCCUUCUGUGACACGCUGUGGUCCAGGGAUUGGUCUUUACUUUGGCAUUCUGCACUGGCUUAAGAAAGACCUGGGGAGUGCUAACCCAUCAGCACUGGAAUCUCUCCUCCUGGGCAUGUCAGCACGCUCCAUCUCCUGCUCUCUGAUUCUCCCGAUUACAGUCAUCAAGACACGCUAUGAAAGUGGAGCCUUCAGAUACAGAGGCAUAGCUCAUGCACUUACUGUGAUAUACAAAGCCGAAGGCCUUCGAGGUCUCUACAGUGGAUUACUGCCAACCUUGUUACGAGAUGUGCCAUAUUCUGGUCUUUAUUAUAUGUUUUACACUCGACUGAAACUCAUUAAUCAACGUAGCAUAACCAGAGAGAGUUUCCAGGUCAUGAUGGAUUUUUGUAAUGGAGCAAUGGCAGGAUUCUUGGCAUCAUUUGUGACCCAGCCUGCUGAUGUUAUCAAAACCAGCAUGCAGAUGUAUCCUGCCAAACAUCAGAGCAUCAUGCAGUCAUGUUGUUUAUUUAUCAGGAACGAGGAUUUGCAGGGUUUUGGAGAGGCCUUCUUCUUCGCACACUUCGCCGUACGCUUAUGACUGCCUCAACAUGGACUGUGUUUGAAGAAAUCAUGAGAAGAUGCAGACUCAAGACAUAAUGAAUCUCCAUUUCUUUACCUCAUUUCCAGAACACUCCAUGCUGUAUUCAACAUUGCCACUAUUUUCGUGUGGUUAUUUGCUAAAAGGUCCAAAUAUAAAAAACUUAUGUUUGUCCCUGUAAAAAAAUAUUUCAUGAACACGCCAGUUUCAGUAAUCAAUUUUGCCAGUACAUUAUUGCUAGCACCCCAAGAUAGGUAAAAUGUUAUUGAAUAUUGUGCCAAGAUCUGACCGGUGCAAUGUCUCUAAAUGAAAUAUGUGACUAUUUAUUUUUCAUGGGAGGCAGUAUUUUUUUUAGUAGUCUGAGAGUGGUCUUUAUUGGAAAUGAUUUGGUUCUCUUUCUUUUGUUUUUUUUUUAAUGUCCCCAGGAUGAAAAGUUAUGAUGUAAUUUGUAUAACUUUUGGCAACAGUUUUGUGAAUCCUUCCCUUGGAAAUUUGGUAUUUUGAAAUGGUGCUAUUAUGAUAUUAAAUUGUGUGCAUUCCAGGCUAAAUCAGGUCAGCAAUCUUGUGCAUGCCCAUGGAUAACCUAUGAUGGAUAUUACAGGGUUAGCAACACAUGUGCAUGCACCUCAUUGUAGUAGUCUGUAGGUUACUGUUUUCUCUCUUUCUCUUGAUCUUCAUGAAGACUUCAUAGCAAGAAAUCUUCAUAAGACAAUAAAGGUAUGCUUGGAAGGCUAAGUGAUGAUGAGAAUCUGGAGAUGAUCACAGCGUUUUGCAGCUGAGUCUGCUUCUGCUCCUCUUGUAUUGAGAUAGUUGAAUGUAUCCAGUUUGUAAAUCUUUAGAAGAAUUUGUAUUCAUACAUAAUGAAAUUCUCUAUACCAAAUUCAGCCAAUCCUGCAAAACUAAUGGGGAAUGCAUGUUAUAGCAUCUUAGAAAAAGAUGUAUUUUUGCUAUGGAAAAGAUCUUAAACUAGAGAAUUAUUCAUGUUAUCCACUUUUGCAUCCUUCCCCCAAUCAUCUGCAUAUAUGAUCAGUAACAUUUCAUUUUAUCAGAUUUGAUGUAACUGCAUGAAGCAUGCUGAAAUCACCUGAAUAUUUUAAAGUGUUUUAAGAUUAGUUUACUGUAAUUGAGACUGCAUUGACUAUGGUGUGUUAUGUUUUGCAUUGAAGAAAAUAUUUUACUGUUGAAAACAACUGAAUAGGUAAAUUUUCAUGAACAGCAGCUGAUAACUGUUGUUAGCUGCCCUUUGUUUAGGGUCAUAUAUUUAGUUUUUUCCCCAGUUUUGAUGCCAGAUCUGAUUAAAUCAUUUAUUUUUA